AUGACCGCAAUGUUGAAACGAUCUAUGAAGACUACCCUCAUGGGCACAAGUCUAAGCUAUGACGAUUUGUGCAUGCAUCUCAAUUUGGAUUUACCCGAAGGCUUCAAAGUACCCCGAUUUGAAUUGUUCAACGGGACGGGAAAUCCUAAAGCGCACCUGCGGGCCUACUGCGACCAGUUGGGUAGUGUUCGAGACAAUCAAGCACUCAUCAUGAGGUUGUUCAGUCGGAGCUUGACAGGAGAAGCCUCAGAAUGGUUUGCGACAGAAAAUAUAUGUCGUUGGGUCACGUGGGAAGACAUGGCUACUGCUUUCAUGGAAAGAUUCCAUUUUAACAUGGAGACAGUGCCAGAUAGGUAUUAUUUGGAGAAAGUAAAGCAGAAAUCCACCGAGAACUUUCGCGAAUAUGCAAGCAGGUGGAGAACAGAGGCUGCCCGAGUACAACCUCCUAUGGGCGAGGAAGAACUUGUGUCGAUUUUUAUCCGCUCACAAGAAACAGACUUCUACAAUCGAAUGCUUUCAAUGACAGGGAGACCUUUCUCUAAAUUGGUCAAAAUGGACGAGGCCAUAGAAGACGGUCUCAAAACCAGUUAA